CGAGCUCUCGCCGCAACGACCAUCGUCGCACAGUUUGAGUACUGCAGGUCGGACUCUGCCCUGACUGUCUGGAGUCAUGAGCAAUCUGUCGUCUUCUUCCUCUGUGACUGCGACGCCCUCGAACGUUAACCUCAGCGACUACCCCGGCCAGCAGCCACCCCCUCCUGGGAAGCAGCCCAGUCGCAUCCCAGUCACGCCGCGGUUCUCCGAGCGUUCUCUCUCUCGCGUGGCAUUCUUUAGAUUUACUGGAUUCCUGCUCAGCUGCGUCGCCAUCAGCUUGUGUGCUGCCCGUGGCAGAGCGAUAAAGAGCGGUGCUGCCCUGCUGGGAGUGGGAGUGGUUUGAAGGUACAGCAGCCCAUCCGUCUGCCGUACGUAUUCGCGUAGCCCCACCGGGCCCACUGGCAGCAGUCAAAAUGAAGUACAUAGAUAUCCGAGUCACGCAUAUCCAAUGUGACCCCAUUUCGAGGUGAAGAACGUCAC